GGUCAAUAAGUUAGGUGGAUGGAAUGAGAAGCUGGAACGAGAAGGCCGUGGUGUUUGAAUCAGGUUUAAGAGGUCAUCAUCCAUCGAAAAAGACUUAUUGACAGAGUCAUCUUCAUCUUUCCGAUAUUUCCAUUUUCUGUACUAAAGGUCAGUAUCAUGAAGGCUGGCGGAAGGGGGGCGGAGCCACAGUCUGAGGGGGGCACGGGCGGAAAGCGACCCAAACGCAAGUGUCUCCAGUGGCACCCACUCCUGUCCAAGAAGACCCUGGACUUCUCCGAGGACGAAGAGGAGGAGGAUGAGGAGGAGCCGGACAAGGAGUCCUCGAUGCUCUGCGGAAAGAGCCGGGGCCCGGAGCCGGAGGCAGGGGCCACGGAGGAAGAGGAGGAGGAUGGGGAGGAGGAAGAGUCCUCGGAGCAGCGCGCCCGCCGGCCCAUGAACGCCUUUCUGCUCUUCUGUAAGCGGCACCGCUCGCUGGUGAGGCAGCAGCACCCCCGCCUGGACAACCGCGGCGCCACCAAGAUCCUGGCUGAUUGGUGGGCCGUGCUGGAGCCCAAGGAGAAGCAGAAGUACACCGACAUGGCCAAGGAGUACAAGGAUGCUUUCAUGAAGGCCAACCCUGGGUACAAAUGGUGCCCACCAACCAAUAAGCCAGUGAAGACCCCCUCCCCUACAUCCACCUCCCGCAAAAAGGCCUGGCCUUUCCCCCCUGAGCCUUCCAAGGACUGCUCCCUCUCCAAAAAACCGCCCCAAGCCGACAGCACCCCGCUCCUCAACUUCGCCAUGGCAGAUCCUACAAAAAUGGGAGGCCUGAGCAUGCUACUGUUAGCAGGAGAGCACGCACUGACAGCUCGAGAGAUCCCCUCAAGGGCAUCCCCAGUGACUGCAGACUCAACCAAGCAGAGCACCAAGUCAGCCUUAUUCCAGCUCGCUGAGAUCUCCGCCGGUACUCCCCAGCCCACUGCCGCAGACACAGCCACGGAGGGGAAGGCCUCCCAGGUGGAUCUCUCAGAGAUCUCACCUGGAACGUCACGGCUGGGAAUGACCGACCCGCCUAAGACUGCCGAGGGGUCUCCUACGUUUCAGCUGCCGGAGGUCUCCAACAGUAGCCAAGCAGAGGGACGACAGUGUGGCCAAUCAGCUCUCUUCCAGCUGGCUGAGAUGUGCCUGGCAUCUGAGGCAGGGAAGAUUGAAGUCCUGUGCCCACGGCCAGGAGGGGACUCCCCCGCUGCCCCACCCACGGGCAUCGCCACGGAAACGGGCUCCAAGGAGCAGGCGGGCGGCGCUCAGGGCUCCAGCGGCCUCCCUCAGUCCCCGCCCUCCCCCUCCUCCUGCCUCUCGUCCGUCUCCGCCUCCUCCACCCCGACCGAGGCGAGCCCCCCUCCUCCCGGCGCGCCCGAGAGCGCGAAGAAGAAGAAGAAGAAGAAGAGGAGGAGGGAGAGGAGCGGGGAGCAGCAGACGGAGGGCGGCAGCCCGAGCCCCUCCUCCAAGGCCUGCAAGCGGAGCCUGUCCUCCGAGUCCGACCUCGACAGCCUCAUCGACACCAUCGACGCUGUGGCCAAGGGCUCCUGGCGGGCGGACGAGGAAGAGGACGAAACCGCCAGGAAGAAGGCUCCCCCGAAAACUGAGGAAAAGGCCGGCCCUGGGGAGCCCAGCCCGCCGAAGAAGAAGAAGACGAAGCCCAAAGCGAAGAAGCCCUCCCAGCCCCAGGUGAAGGAGGAGGAGGUGGAGGCAGAGGACGGGCCUGUGGAGGCAGGCGCGCUCGCACCCUGCCCAGGGAGCGAAGGGGACACGGGCGAAUCCGCGGUGAAGACGGAGGGGGUCCCUGCCCCACCCAGCCCCCACGCCGUCCCACUGAAGACGGAGGACACGGCCACGCCCAAGCCAGAGAGCUGCGGGUCCAGGAAGUCAGAAAGGACCUGCAAGGGCGCCCUGUACAAGACUCUGGUGUCUGAAGGAAUGCUGACCUCCCUGAGGGCCAGCGUGGACAGAGGUAAGAGAGGCUCGGGUCGCGGGACUGUCUCAGACCUGGAGAGCAGCUGGACUGAUGAGAGCUGGACGUUCACUCAGUCAGGCGCCAGCAACGCCAAGAAGCUGAAGAAGUCAAAGUCGAAAGACGAGUCUGUUCCUGGCCUAGGGAAGCUGGAGGAGGAGUUUGAGAAGAAGUUCAACAGCCUACCCCAGUACAGCCCGUUGACCUUUGACAAGAAGAGCACCUGUGUCACCAGGAAGAAGUCAUUCAGCGGGAACGGAGUCCUGGAGCAGCCCAAAGCCAGCAGGGGUUCAUCUCCAUCACAGAAAAAGAAUUUAUUCCACAAGAUUGUUAGCAAGUAUAAGCACAGACCAGAGAGAUCCAGUUCCUUGGAAAAAGCCAUAGUGACUGAAAAUGCAUCCCAGAAGGCCAAGCAGCUGGCCCCGUGCAACAGGCCCCCCGCGGAGGGACAGGGCGGGACGGAGGCGCUGGUGGGCAGCCAGAAGAGGAAGGCCAGGAAGAGGAAGAUCACCCACCUGGUGCGCACGGCCGACGGCAGGGUGUCCCCUGCAGAGGAGAGCAAACCCAGAGAGCUGAUCCAGGAUCAGGAUAAACAGCCAUCACCCCAGAAGACUUUAUGCAAGGAGGGAGGGUCGCAGGAAGAUCCGGGGCCGCGUGAGGCGAGCAGCGUUCCUGCGGACGGGCCCGCCGUGUCCGACCUCCCGGGAUUCUUCAGCCUGGCGGCUCUGGCGGAAGUGGCGGCCAUGGAGAACGCUCACCGAGGCCAGCAUGCUGCCAGCUUGCCUCGUGAGGGCCAGUCAAAGGACAUGGCCCAGACCCCAGUCCUCAUCUCCUGUGCCGAUCAGUGAAACGCCACCCUUAGGACACACAGACAUGGUGUGCAUCCCUGUCCUAACCUCCAAGCCAUGACCUGUGAGCGGAAGGUCACUGUGGGGAAAGUAGCUCUGAGUGACGCAAGCUCAGAUCUGGGCUGGGUGGGAAAGCAGGCCUCUGAACACCUUCGGUACAGAGAGGACUUCUGUGACUUCCAGAGGCUCUGCCUUCCAGCCUAGGGAGCGGCCUCCACAGCCCCACUGCAUGGCUCUUCCACCAUGGUGGCUGUGGUGGAUUUAGCAUGAAGGA